AUGUUGCAGUGGACAGUACUGAAGCUGCCAGAGGCUGAGCAGAGAAUUCACUACUCACAGCGAGCUACCAUGACAGAUUUGGUAAAUUCCUAUAAUGAAGAGGAUUGCUCCAGCCAGUCAUCUGGAUCAUUAUCAAGUUCAUCACAUUCAUUCAGCACAAAAGAGACUAAAGACAAAAAAGCUCAUUCGCCACGUUCUAAAUGUCCAACAAUCAGUCCAAGAGCUAUGCUGCAAAAACUGGAUAUAGCUGAGAAACAUGUACAGACGAAAUGUCCUGACGAACCUAAAGAAAAAGACAUCAAAAAGCCAGAGGAACCCAGUAAUUUUUAUGUGGUUUCCAGAGAGUUUGUAGACAUAUUGUCUGAUGCCACAGCGAACACAGAAGAUUCAGACUCUCUUGGCUCAGCAUUACAAGAAAUAAUUGACUCUCCACCUGCAGAAAAAACAAACAAACUAAAAAGUAAACUGAAGGAGUUAGAGAAUGUUACACUUAACAUUGCUAUAACCGGGAUGACAGGGGCAGGGAAGUCUUCCUUCGUCAAUGCCAUCAGAGGCCUUCCUAAUGAUGAUAAGAACGCAGCUCCCACAGGAACAACUGAGACUACCAUGAAGCCCAGCAUGUACCCACAUCCCUCCAUGCCAAACGUGAAGAUCUGGGACCUGCCUGGAAUUGGUAGUCCAAAAUUUCGAGCAAAGAAGUACCUGAAAGAAGUCAGUUUCCACACGUACGACUUCUUUCUCAUAGUGACCUCUGAAAGAUUUAAGGAGAACGACAUAGAGCUGGCUAGAGCGAUCAAGAAGAGCAAGAAGCUAUUUUAUUUCAUUCGCACUAAAAUUGACAACGACAUUCGCGCUGAAUCACACAAAAGAAAUUUUGAUGAGCGGAUGUUGCUUGAAAACAUCCGAGAGGACUGUAAGGCGAACCUACUGAAAGUCGGAAUACCCAAAAUAUUCCUAGUGUCUUCAUUUAACUUGGAAAAAUAUGACUUUCAGAAGCUGAUCAACACCCUCGAAGAUGAACUUCCUGAGAACAAGAAAUUUGCUCUCAUUCAGUCUUUGCCCGUUUAUUCUCUUGAGGCCCUCACAAAGAAGAAAACAUACUACAAGAAACUUAUUUGGCUAAACGCCUUUGCGGCCGGGGUCGGGGCGAUAGCUCCCAUCCCGGGAUUGUCACUGGUCUGUGAUUAUGGCAUCAUAAAGAAGUUUUUUCAGCAAGUCUUUGUGGGCUUCGGCUUAUCAAAUCAGGCCCUAGAGGCCCUAUCAGAACGAGUGAACAAACCGUUGGAGCAACUACAAGUCGCUAAGACAUCACGCUUCAAAGAUGGAUCCACUGAGGAUAUUGUGAUAGAUAUGCUGUCUAAACCAAUUAUUGCUAUAGCCAAGACACUGGGGACCAUACUGGCUCUGCUGCCAGGAGGAGCUCUACCAGCAGGAGGAACGGCUGUUGCUUCAGUGCACUACCUGCUUAAUAUGGGACUGAAUGAGAUGGCAGAAGACACCAAAAAUGUUCUUGAUGUGUCACAGCUUGCCUAA